AUGGCGACCAUGAAAUGGAUGUGUUUACCGCUUGUGCAAGAGUUUCUCGACGAUGACGAUAACAGUGACGAAGAUGAUGUAAUUGCAACUGCGAUGAUGGUGCAUGUUAUACAAACUUACACCAGAGAACCAAAAAGUAGAAUUAAAAACUAUUGCGAGGAUGUGGUCUCAAAGUACUCAGAUACCGACUUCAAGAGGAUUUUUAUACUAUCUCGUCCUACUUUCGACACAGUUAAAGGCUAUUUGCAGAAUUGUCAUGAACUCGAUGUGGAGGGACACGGAGGCAGAGAACCAAUAUCAGUCGAAAAGCAACUAUACGUCACAUUGUGGUACCUAGGUGGAUCGGACAGUAUCGUAAAAAUAGCAGACCGAUUCGGAAUAUCUGAAUCCUCAGUUACUGUGUGUAGAAAUCGGAUUAUUGACACUAUUUUGAACAAUUUCAAAUCAAAGUUUAUCAUCUGGCCGCAAGCUGAAAUGCUUGAACAAACCAUUGACAAGUUUCAUCAACGAAAUGGAUUCCUAGGAAUUAUUGGGGCUCUUGACGGCACUCAUAUUGCUAUAGAAGCCCCAACUGAAAAUCCUCAGUCUUACAUUAAUAGGAAAGGCUAUUAUUCCUUACAGCUACAAGCAGUCUGCGACUCUGAUAUGAAGUUUUUGAAUUGUUACUGUGGAUUUGCAGGGAGUUGUCACGAUACCCGCGUCUUGAGGAAUUCCGAUUUGUGGAAGUCUGGCUUAGAGGUCUGUAACGGAAACCACAUUAUUGCAGACGGAGCUUACCCCGUGCGACGAUGGCUUAUGACGCCUUAUCGUGACAAUGGACAUUUGUCGCAAGAACAGAAACAUUUUAACCACCUGCUUUCUGUCAACAGGGUAGUCAUUGAGAGAGCAUUUGGACUUUUAAAAGGCAGGUUUCGACGUUUAUAUCAUCUCGAUGUACUAAGUAUUCCAACAGCAGUUAAAAUUAUCAUGUGCACUUGUGUUCUGCAAAAUAUUUGUCUUCUUCAAAGUGAGGAUAUUGAGGACUAUAUGGAACCACUGGAAGUUGAUCAACCGCCAAUGCCUCAACUGGCUGUUCAGGAAAAUGAGACGGAGGGCAUUAUUAAACGCAACAUUCUUUGCAGAAGACUCAGUGGACAUUAG